AUACUCACAUGGAUAAAAUAAAAUCUCUUAAUAUUGAUUUUGCUUAAUACCAGACUGAUUACCUAAGACCCAUUCCCAAUAUUGUGAUAUCUGAUCCAUCAUGGAAUGACAAUAUUCUUCUGAUGAAUGUCCAAUGGAAUUAUACUCUUUGAAAUUAACCAAGAUAAAUUGAGUCAAGUCAAAGAGAUCAUCCAAAAAACCUGUACAACUGAAAUAAGUGAUGAAGAAUAAAGACUAUUAUUUGAUUAUCUCUCUAAUGAAAAGGAUUUGCUUAAAAAUUGCGGAUUCACUUGUCAAAGGUUACCCAUCAUUAUUGAAAAGAAUAAAGAGAUCGCACAUUUUUUAUUGAUUUAAAUAUGCAACCUAGAUGGCUUCGAAGAAUUUUUAGAAGUCUUCAUCUAAAUUGAUGUUACACAGAAUACCCUUGAAUUGUUCGCCCAACUAUUUGGGGAACUCAAAUUACCAUAAGAAUACAUCACACAGUAUAUUAAUUAUUGCAUUGACUUCUGUAAUAACAUCAAGGAAAAAUAAUAACAAAAUAAAUUGGUUAGGUUUGUUUCUGUAUUUAUCUAGUAGAUGCUCAAGCAAAAAGCAUUUGUCACCAAGGACAUUCUCACUGAUUUAUAAGCAUUCUGUAUUGAAUUUUCCAAAGUCGGUGAAGUAUCAAAGCUUUUCAAACUGGUCAAAAGUCUAGAACCUGCCACAUAAUGAAUUCAUAUCAUUUCAUAUUCGCUUUGUAACUAGUCAUAUUUCCUAAAAA